GACUGCAGAAUGUGAAUGUGGGAAUGCUAUUUUUGUCAGAGAUGAUGCAACUGUUUCCCUUGAAUCCAGUGUAGUCACAAAGCUGGUGUGGUUUGUGCUGAUAACCACUUGUGUACAUUGCACUUUGACCAGUGUCACAUCAGAUUGUUUUAUGUGUUUCUGUCCGUCAGUGAGGAUUACCCCUCACUGUCCUGCAGCCACAUGAGCUGCCAGCACCUGUUGCUUACUCAUUUCCACAUCUGGAUUCUGCUUUGAAGGAUCUCCACUGCCACCAUGUCAACAUCUGUACAGAUAGAGCCGGUCAUGGAGAGGAGGUACGGGGGAGUCGGCCGCUGCAAGUGCUCAUUCUGGUUCGCGGUGGCUCACGACAUACUCGGUGUCUUCAUCAUGAUGGUGGGGGUGUUUGGAGGGCUGGUUAUCCACGACUUGUUCAUCUACGCCGGGGCCAUCGUCAUCUUCCUCAGCCUGAUCUGGUGGGUGUUCUGGUACUCCGGCAACAUCGACGUGCCACCGGAGGAGCUGGAGGAUGACGUGGGGAUGAUCAAGCUUAAGAACCGCAGGCUCAGCCGGGUCGUGAGGCGAAUGUCCGACCGUCUCUCCAGUGGGAUCAGGAACUCUUUUAGAAAGAACGGCAGGUCCAUGAGAGAGGGCAACAACAGACCUUCAAACACUGGUACAGAUGUGUCGCUCUCCACCAUAUACAACCCCACCAUCGCCUCCUCAUCCAAAGAACUCGUGAGAGAGACACUGUCAAUAUGAACUAAUCCAUCACAGACUGUAAAUGACACCAAGAGACACUGAACUUGGAUCUUUAUUUUUGUUUCAUCUGCUCGUCUGUUUAUUCUGGUGAAAAGAAUUCUGUGUUUGCUCUGCUAACAUGCACUAGUAAUCAUUAGACAACACUGAAGUUUUGUCUAGAUAAGAUCCACAUGUUCUUAUCUAACUGAUAAGAGGUACACUUUGCACACUAUAACUGACACUAAUUUAGAGACCACAGCUUUCUAAUCUGUCACUAUUUAGUCAUGUCUAGUUCAUUCAUUGGCUUUAAAGAGUGGGACAGUUAUUUAUUUUAUGUAUAAAUGUAAAUUUCAUAACCUCUAAUGUACCAUCUAACUGAUAUAGUAUAAUUAUAUAUAUAUAUAUAUACACACACACACACACACACACACACACACACACACACACAUAUAUAUAUAUAUAUAAUAUAUAUAUAUAUAUAUAUAUAAAAUAAACAGUAGUGCUCUUUAUGUAUAGUGCCUGGAGAUAACUUCUGUUGUGAUAUGGCAAUAUAUAAAUAAAAAUUAACUUGACUAGAAAAUAACAUUA